GUUCAGCCGGUUUCCAAGUGUACACAUCAUCAUCAUCCAAUAGAAUCCCUGGAUUUUUAUUUCAAAAUUACAGCAGUGUCUGAGUUCUGGGACUUCAUAGAAACCGCGCCAGUUCCGCAAAUUUUGUUUUUAUUUAUCCACUUUGUUAAGUACGUCAGAUGUCGAGUCCUGGAGAACGUGUUUCGGCUUUUGCGAUGUACUCGCAGUCGCAGAAGCGCAAGAGUUUGGAAGCUGAAGGGUCUAAGAAAUUUAAAAAAAUGUCCAAGUUACCCGAUCAAGUGGACAAAAUAAACGGCGAGUCUUUUUGUUCAUCUGCAUCAGAUGAUGAGGUCGAUUUUGAGCCGGUUGAUGCUGACGUUAAAGUAAAAGUCAGCAAGAAGACAUUGAAGGCUGAUAAGUCUGCUGGUAAACGAGUCACUGCGUUGUCUAAGAAAGUAAAGACGAAAAAGUUGCUGGUGAAGGGAAAGAAAUUGUUGAAAAAUGACAAGCAGAGUGUGAAAAGUUUCAAGGGUGAGUCUGCAGCAAAUGCCGAAGCUGAUGAAGAACAGGAACAGAAUACGAACUCAAUAAAUCCCAUAAAAGAAACUCAAACGUUAUUUGAAUGGUUGAUUCAUCCGCUGUCACUUGAUGAGUUUUUUAAAAUAAACUGGGAGAAAGCGCCGCUGCACAUUCAGAGGGGCAAGAAAAAUUAUUACAAGAUUUUGCUGUCGACUCCGUUGAUUGACGAGGUCUUGCGUAAAUUCAACGUCUUGUUUACUAAAAAUCUUGACAUAACUUCGUAUUCUAGCGGACAGAGAGAGACUCACAAUCCUCCGGGUCGUGCAUUACCCAGUGUUGUGUGGGAUUAUUAUUCAAACGGGUGUUCAAUAAGAAUGUUGAACCCCCAGACAUUUAUUCCAAAGAUCCACACGUUGAACUCAACGUUGCAGGAAUUUUUCGGAUGCUUUGUCGGCGCUAAUUUUUAUUUGACUCCACCAGGAAGUCAAGGGUUCGCGCCGCAUUAUGACGACAUCGAGGCUUUCAUCCUGCAAAUUGAGGGGAAGAAACGCUGGCGGCUGUACAAGCCGCGCAGUGAAGAAGAACAUCUUCCUAGAUUCUCGUCGGAAAAUUUCAACCAGGAAGAGAUCGGCAGGCCGAUACUUGACGUGAUAUUGAAUGCCGGCGAUAUUUUGUACUUUCCGCGCGGUACGAUUCAUCAAGGCGAAACUCUUGAUGAGAGCCACAGUCUCCAUUUAACUUUGAGUGUUUAUCAGAAGAACUGCUGGGCUGAUUUUAUUGAAAAACUUGUUCCCGCGGCACUAAACAGCGCGAUUUCGCAGAACUCCCAGCUCAGAGAAGGACUGCCACUAGGUUAUUUAAAUAACAUCGGGUUGGUUCAUAAAGUAAACGGUAGCAAGUCCAAGGACAAUGAGUUCCGCAGAAAAUUUGUUGAGACGACCAAAGAUUUGCUGCACAAAGUCAUAGACAUGAUUGACGUCGACGCCGCCGCGGACCAAAUGGCCAAGGGACACAUCCACGACUGCUUGCCUCCGGUUCUGGCGCCUGUGGAACUCGAGUGCUCGGCUCUAAAGGACGGCGAAGUGAUGGUCGAGGAGGGAAGGAUUGAAAAUAGGGUCGAAAUCGAACCUGACACGAGGAUCAGGCUCACCAGAGCUCACUGUGCCAGACUAGUCGAGGAAGACAACUCCUUCAAGCUGUACUACUCCUGCGAAAACUCGAAAGAGUAUCACGAGUACGAGCAGCAGUUUCUGGAAGUAGAGGAAAAUUUAGUACCGGCUAUUAAAAAAAUUAUUUUGACGUACCCUGAGUUUAUUAAAGUCGAUGACUUGCCUAUAGACGGCGAAGACAACAAGGUUCAAGUGGCGAGAGACCUUUGGGAAAAAUGUAUUGUUUUAACUGACCAACCACUUCCGAUAAUUGAAAAGUUUCUCCUCCGGUUCUUCUAUUCAGCUAAUUUUUUCUUCUGUCCUCAAUUCAAAUGUUGUCCUGCCCAGGUUCGAAUUCCAGACAGACUAAAUUUUCCCGCUCAAUGACUUCAUCGAGCGCGG